GAAUGUGGUAACAGCGGCAAUGCCACUCCAUUCCUUCGCGCCUACAGCGUAUCCACGACGGACCACGCCUAUUCCACCAACUACACUGAGUUGGAGAUUGCAGUUAGCUCCUACGGCUAUACAUCCCAGGGCAACGCCGGCUGGGUCUUCACCACCCAGGUGGGGUCGACGAUCCCGCUAUACCAGCUGUAUAGCUCGGCGCUCACCGAUUUCUUCUACACAACCAACUACACGGAGGGGGAAAUCGCCGUUUCCCAAGCCGGAUAUGUCCUCCAGACCAUCGCUGCAUUUGUCUACGCCACGCAGGUCUGCAACAGCAUCCCCUUGUACCGCCUCUACAGUACCUCGCUCACGGACCACUUCUAUACCAUCAAUGCGACCGAGAUGAACGCUGCGGCGACCUGGGAGGGAUAUGUGAAGGAGGGAAUCCAGUGCUUUGUGUUGCCCAACGCAUUGACCGAGUCCACGCAAUCAUCCGCGCAAUCAUCCACCCAAACAUCUCCGCAAACAUCUAUGCAAUCAUCCGCGCAAACAUUUACCCCGCAAACAUCUACGCAAAUAUCCACCCAAACAACCGCGCAAACACCCACAGAAACGCGAACGCAAAUUCCCACGCAGAAUACGACUCCGGUUGUUCCUGUACCAAAAUCAACUGGGCAUGUGGCAGCCAUCGUCGCUCCGAUUGUUGCAGUAGUCACAGUCUUCGUAUUGCUCGUCAUUCUCAUCUACGUCUGGUUCCGCCGGCGCGAACGGGCAAUACGCGCCAAGUUGGAGGCUCGCGGAGAAGAUGGCUCAGUGUCGUCGGCGUCGCUACUGCCUACGAGCAACUCGGUCGAUGCGGAACCUCAAGUAGGGAUACUGGUAGUAGACGCAGAAGUGCCCGUGGAGGGCGCUCUGAACGUCCGACCGAAGCCACAAGUGCAUUCAGCAGCGACUUCAGCAGCGAUUGAAUCACAGCAUGUCGGAUCUACAACCCCCACCGUAUAG